GACAAUAUAAAAAUUGGAUUUAAGUCAUAGAUCAAAUUUAAGUUCAAUUAUUUUUAAUCCUUUUUUUUAUUAGUAAUUUUAUGAUCUGUGUUCAUACCCAUAAAACAUAUCAGAUAAUACAAAGCGAAGUUAAGUCGAAGACGAUGAUUUGAACUUCCUACGUUAUAUAUCUUAAUACUUAUCUGAUAUAUUUCUGUAUAUAUUGUUUACUUUUAUAAUAAAUAAAAUGGCCCUUGGAUUUCUUGACGAAGAUCCAUGGUUGCUUGAACAUGAGUGCUGUGAAAAGUUAUAUAGAGAUAUAAUGGAACAGCUCACUCUAAGACAAUCGUACCCAAGAAUUACUGAUAAAUAUUCACAACUAUCAGCAAAUAUAAGAUUGCGUUUAAAACAAUAUAACAAUGAAGUUGGCCAACUAAAUCAAAAGCUUGAAGCCAUGAGUAAUACAGACAAUAUAACUCCUGCAGAAUACGAAAGGAGAACAAGACAGAUCGAGUUACUGCACUCUAAAGGAAUUCAGAUGCAAAAACUAUUUGAUGAACAAGUAGUAAAUACUUUUGAAGCAGAUAGAAGAGCUCUGAUUGGGAGUGGAACAGCUAAUUUAGAUAUUGGACCAAGUACAAGUUAUUCAGUAACUGAUAUUAGAGAAACUCAAAAACGAAUUGUGGGAGAACAAAAUGAAGGACUAGAGAAUUUAUCAAAAAUAAUAUCUCGCCAAAAAAAUAUAGCUACUACCAUUUCUAAAGAAGUAGACUAUCAUAAUGAGAUAUUGGAUGAUCUUGGAGACCAAAUCGAUAGAACAGAUUCAAGAUUAACACAAGAAACCAGACAUGUCGAAGUAGUUAAUAGAAAAGAUAAAACUUGUGCUUAUUGGGUGAUAAUUAUUUUAUUAUUUAUAAGUAUCGUAACUGUGUCAGUCAUUUAGUUAUAUACCAAAGUUUUAUUCAUAUUAUAUCCAAUUUUACCAGUUUUUUUUUCUAUAUAAUAGCGCAUUUAUUUUCAUAAAAAUAAGUAUCCAGAAUAAAUUCGAUUAAUAGA